GAGUUAAGCUUUGAAUUGCGCAUCCCAUGAAUGCAUCUGAUCUGAUUCACUCUCCUCUAAAUUGUGCACAAUAGACCCAGCAUUCGAAUCAACUGCACGCAUGCAAGUCGAAGCGACGCUGACCCUCAUUCAGGAUCCUCAGUCGCUGCUGCUCAAAGGCGGUGUCAUCACGCCCGCAUUGCUUGGUAAACGCUACACCGAGCGCCUUGUGCAAAAUGCCGGCUUCAAGAUCGAAACCAGGAGCGUAGGCGGCGGGGAUGAUGACGAGGGAAGUAAGAAGUUCAAAUAAAGGUCAUCGCAUUGCGACACUGUGUGUAAUCGAGCACAUACGCAAUUCGCAUCAUGUUUUCAUGUCGGUCA